UUUCAGAUCGCCAGCGCUGGAGCGGACAGCUCUUUAUAACCCGCGCUCCCCUCUGCAGAAUUAUCAGUGUUGCUUUGAGCGUCCACUUGUCGUGUAGCAUAGGAUCUCGCCAGGGACUGUCUUUACUUCCAUUACUCUUCACACUAAACAAAAAAAGUAGUCACCAUGAAUUCCUACUUGGCUAUCGCUUUCGUCGUCUCUCUGGCUGUCAUGCAGGUCACAUCACAAGCAGGACAAUCAGCAGCACAGAACGCCGCCAGGAAGCGACUGAUGCUGUCACAGCUUAGCAGACGCGGCUCCGGUGGUGCCGGGGGCGGAUUGUUCGGGGGUGGACUCUCCGGCAUUGCUCCACUCAUGAUGUUGUCUGGAGGCGGUGACGGACUCGGAAAAAUGCUGAUGCUUAGCGCUCUCACCAAAGGCAGUCAAGGUGGAGCCCAAGGAGGUGGCAUGCAACAACUCCUGCCUUUAAUGUUCCUAACAGAAUCCGGAAUUAUGUAAUCCCGAUCUCUAUUUGAAUUUUAGUUCUGGUUAAUUAAUUUCCGGUUCUGACUGUUGUGGUAGAUGUUACUAUGGGGUGCGUACGAUCAUGGAUCCUGAUGCUGCUUGUACAUAACUGUAUAAAUUAUAUAAGUGUGCUUGGGCUAUAUUUACCAUAUACUUCUGAGGAAUUGUACCUAGUGAAUUAUGUUGUAUGAAAUAACUAAUAUUUAGUUUCUUUUAAAAGAAAUGUUAGAAAAGAUAUGACAUACAAGGAAAAAUUAUUUUUCUUGAAGUCUUUCAACAAAUUAUUAUCAUUACAUAUAUAAAGUUCAGCAACCGAUUAAAAUGUAUAAUUGUAUCUCGUCCAUUAAUGGACACUCUGCAUAAAUUGACAUUUUUUUAACAUACAAAUGUUUUAUGAAAUAAAAUACGUGUUAUUUCUAGA